AAUGAACAAAGCUGAGGAGAGUUAGAAUUAGUUUUUUGUGAUUGAACGUACACUUAUAAUGUGAAUUAUGUAGCAAUCGAGAUGAGCAGUGAGAGUGAACCUGAAGACUUGGAAGAUUUGGAUGAAUUGAAUGACAUCAAACAUGAAGAAGAAAACCUCAAUGAUUUAGAUAAGAUAAUCACUACUAUGAAAAGUAAGAUUCCUAUUAGAUAAUUACUUAGAGGAUGACUUCAUGCCCAAAAUAAGAGCAGAACCCCCCGAGCCAAAACCACCAGGUGUUAUAAAGAGACCAGAAGUUGUGGAUGACUUUAUUCGUAACUUCCUCAUCAAGAAUCAAAUGAAUCGAAGUCUGGAAGUAUUUCAGGUAUUUUUCAUCAUCAAUUAUUCUAGUAAGAAUGGUACGAACUAUCAUAGAAAGGCAAAUUGGCUACAGAUGGAAUGGGUUAAGUAACAGAUGUUUAUGUUUAAAAUGAAAAACUUAAAGAAGAACUCAAAUAUGUAAGAGGAGAGUUGGACAAAGCUAAAAUUGUGGCUGAAAAUGCCAAAUCCACAUAUGACAAACUCAGAAAAGAAAGGGAUUUCCACAAAAUGCAUCAUCAUAGAGUGCAAUAAGAAAAAAGGAAAUUGAAUCAUGAUAUUGAUAAGCUGAAAGGAUUGCACUAACAAUACGAGGAAAAAUACGAAGAACUAUCCUAAAAGUAUUCCCACGCCAUGAAAGAAAAGAUGUUAUUGAAAUUAGAAAGAGAUAGAUUGGUGGCAAAAAAUGAUGCACUCCAAAGAAGUUUAUAAAAUGUAUAUCUUAUAUAAUAAUUAAUAAAAGGUUGAAGAAAAGAUCAAUAAAGAAAAAGAGCCAGGAAGUCCCACUGAUAAACUUCCCUUAGUCGAUACCAAGGCCAACACCAAGAAGGCUUCAACCAAAACCAAUACUGCAUUCCCUCCUGAUGAUAGACCCAAUCCUUAUGCAGGUACUCAAAUAGAACCACAAAAUUACAGAAAUGCCAUCCUAAAUAAAACUUUUAAGGGACAUAUGAUGGCCAUCUCAUCUAUGGAUAUGCACCCAAAGAAAUCCAUUGUUGCCACUGCCUCUGAUGAUUUCACUUGGAAAAUUUGGACCUUACCAUAAGGUGAAUUGAUCAUGUCUGGAGAAGGACAUAAAGAUUGGGUCAGUGGAAUUCAUUUCCAUCCAAAAGGAAGUCAUCUAGUUACUUCAUCUGGUGAUUGUACAAUCAAAGUCUGGGAUUUCAUUAAUGCAUCGUGUACUCAUACAUUCAAAGAUCACAUUUAACCAGUUUGGGGUGUUAAAUUCAAUGACACUGGAGAAUUCAUUGUGAGUGCUAGUAUGGAUCACACUUGCAAAGUAUUCGAUUUAGCAUCUGGUAAAACUAGACAUACAUUCAGAGGACAUGUACUAAUUCAUAUAUUAUUCAAAGGUCGAUUCUGUGAAUCAUGUGAGUUUCCAACCAUUUUCAAACAUCUUUACUUCUGCUUCAGCUGAUAAGACAAUUUCAUUGUGGGAUAUCAGAAGUGGGUUGUGUGUUCAAACCUUCUAUGGUCACUUGAAUAGUGUCAAUCACGCCACCUUCUCUUUAAAGGGAGACAGUAUUGCCAGUUGCGAUGCUGAUGGGAUUAUCAAAAUGUGGGAUGUUAGAAUGGUCAAGGGAAGAUCUCAAUUUGAUGCAGGUCCUUAUUCUGCCAAUGCUGUUGCUCUAGACAAAAGUGGCACGAUACUUCUUGUGGGCUCUGAUGAUUAAUAGAUCAGACUCUAUAAUGAAACCACCUAGAAGGUAUGAUUUGUUGUUCACUUAUUCAAUAGUAAGAACACACUUUGAAGGGACAUGAAGAUGCUGUCCAAGAUGUUGCAUUUGAUUACAAUAGCAAAAUGAUUAUUAGUUGCGGUUCCGAUGCUACUUUUAGAAUUUAUUAAUGAUUUAAUUUUAUAAAACAAGAUGCAUAUUAUUAGCC